CUCUAUCUAAUCACAACUUCUUAAUAUUCUGCCCUAAUGCUUAGUUACAACUUUUGCAGCCAAAUCUGACAGGGCCACGGGGUUCCUCCUCAGUUUACCUCCACCUUCCCCUUGACAGAUUUCCCCUGUCAUCCUUUUAAACGGCUCAGCUCGUUUAAUCCUGACGCCUGCCCACCGCGGGUAUGGGGACCGGUGUGUUUUAAUAUUCCUCCACGUUAUGUACCUGCAUAGAUAAAAGGGGGAAAAACUUUUAGAUGCGUUAGGAAAUUAGCACAAAGCGUUUUUAAUUGGAUUUCUAUGUGCAUGCAGGCGGUGAGCAGGAUGGCCCGUUGCCUCUCAGCUGUACCGACGUGCGGCAUGUGGAUGUGAAAUGACAGGCUCACUUUUUUACCUUUACAGAGUUGUUUUCUGGGGGGUAAAUUCCUAUCUGUGAUCAAGUGCGCAUCGCAGAUCCCCUGGGGAGUUGAUGUCGGGUUUUCUGAAGUAAUAUCGUGGUGUUAAACUGCGGAUAUGGAUGCGGCAAAGAAAGCAGAUCCCCCACCUGGGGGCGAUGGAGGGAAAUCAGACACCCUCGGGUCCACUGGCUCGUCCAGAAAACGAGGAGGGGGGGCCAAGAAGGCAAUGCAAGCAAACAAGUCUGCCCUCAGGGCCCCCCGAGCUCUCUGCUGCCUCACUCUCAGCAACCCCAUCCGCAUGGCAGCGCUGGCCCUGGUGGAGUGGAAGCCCUUUGAUAUUUUCAUUCUACUUGCCAUUUUUGCUAACUGUGUUGCCAUGGGGGUCACUAAACCAUACCCAGAUGAUGACUCCAAUGCCACCAAUCACCAGCUGGAAAAAGUGGAGUAUGUCUUCCUUGUCAUCUUCACCAUCGAGACCUUUACAAAAAUUCUGGCUUACGGCUUAGUCAUGCACCCCAGCGCCUACAUACGCAGCGGAUGGAACUUGCUCGAUUUUAUUAUCGUCAUUGUCGGGUUAUUCAGUGUGAUAGCAGAGGGAAUGACAGACCAUAAACCAGGAGAGGCUCAUCAUGCUGCAGGAAAACCUGGAGGCCUGGAUGUCAAAGCUCUCAGAGCAUUCAGGGUGUUAAGACCACUUCGCCUUGUAUCUGGAGUGCCAAGUUUACAGAUUGUGUUGAACUCCAUCAUGAAAGCCAUGGUCCCUCUUCUCCACAUUGGUAUGUUGGUCAUGUUUGUCAUCAUCAUCUACGCUAUCAUUGGACUGGAGCUUUUCAUCGGCAGAAUGCACAAGACGUGUUACUACUCCUCCACAGGUCUCAUGGUGGAGGAUGACCCAUCACCAUGUGCUUUUGCCGGGUCCGGGCGGUUUUGUGUUACCAAUGGGACUGAGUGCACGGGCAAAUGGGAGGGCCCUAAUGGUGGCAUUACAAACUUUGAUAAUGUUUUCUUCGCUAUGCUGACUGUUUUCCAAUGCAUCACUAUGGAGGGUUGGACAGAUGUGCUCUACUGGAUGAAUGAUGCAAUUGGCUAUGAGAUACCAUGGGUUUACUUUGUUUCUCUGGUCAUCUUUGGCUCUUUUUUCAUUAUCAAUCUUGUAUUGGGUGUGUUGAGCGGAGAGUUCUCCAAGGAAAGAGAAAAGGCUGUGGCUCGUGGUGAGUUGCAAAAGGCACAGGAAAGCAAACAGAUGGAGGAAGACAUGAUAGGCUACAUGGACUGGCUCAUAGAGGCCGAAGAUGUGGACGAAGAGGGAAAUAAACGUGCUGCAAUUGCAAAGAAGAAGAUGAUGAAGAAGUUUGGGUGGUACAAACACAGUGAAGAUGGAGAGUCAGACUCUGAUGAUGAUAUAGCAUACCUCGAUGAUGAUAAUGGCUGCUGUGCCUCUCUCAUGGCAAAGAUGAUGGCCAAUAGCUUCUGCGACCAGUUGUGUCAACUGAACCAUACGUUUAGGAAGAACUGCCGUGUUGCUGUGAAAACCACUAACUUCUACUGGUUGGUGCUGCUGUUGGUGUUUCUAAACACUGUGGCCAGUGCUUCAGAGCAUUAUGGACAACCAAAGUGGCUCACAGAAAUGCAAGAGCGGGCCAAUAAGAUCCUGCUCCUGCUCUUCACUUUGGAGAUGUUGAUGAAGAUGUACGCCUUUGGGCUGCAGAUCUAUUUCAUGGCUCUGUUUAACCGUUUUGACUGUUUUGUGGUGUGCGGUGGCAUCCUCGAAACGCUCCUCGUAGAGUUGGAUCUCAUUCCUCCUAUUGGUAUUUCUGUGCUGCGCUGCAUUCGACUGCUCAGGAUAUUUAAGAUGACUCGGCACUGGGCCGCCUUAUCUGACUUGGUCAACUCACUGCUUAACUCAAUGAAAGCUAUUUGCUCCCUUCUGCUCCUGCUCUUCCUCUUCCUCAUCAUCUUCGCUUUGCUGGGCAUGCAGUUGUUUGGAGGCAAAUUCAACUUUGAUGAAACUCAGAUGAAGAGAAGUACUUUUGACUCCUUCCCUCAAGCUCUGCUCACUUGUUUCCAGAUUCUCACUGGAGAGGACUGGAAUGCUGUCAUGUACGAUGGCAUCAUGGCCUAUGGGGGACCAGUCUUCCCAAACAUGGUGGUGUGCAUUUACUUUGUCAUCCUCUUUGUUUGCGGUAACUACAUCUUGCUGAAUGUAUUCUUGGCUAUCGCUGUCGACAACUUAGCAGGAGGCGGAGGAAAGAAGAAAGUCGAAGAGAAAAAGGAAGAAGAAGAGGAGUGGGAUGAUGAUGAAGAGAAAGAGGAUGAAGAUGCAGGGAACGAUGAGGACGACUGGCAGGAAAACGAGGAGCUGAGGGCCAUCGAGGGCCUGGAGGGAGUUGCUCCGAUGAAACCUGAGUUCUCUGGACCUAAAGAAAAGAUUGUACCAAUCCCUGAUGGAAGCUCCUUUUUCAUUCUUGGAAAGAAAAACUGUUUACGAGUCGCCUGCCACAACCUCAUCCAUCAUCCCUACUUCACCAACUUCAUCCUCAUCUUCAUCAUCCUCAGUAGUAUCUCCCUGGCUGCUGAAGAUCCAAUCAAAUCCCACUCAUUCAGAAACAUUGUGCUUGGUUAUGCGGAUUACGUGUUUACAUCCGUUUUCACAGUGGAGAUCAUUCUAAAGAUGACGGUCUACGGAGCUUUUCUGCACACCGGUUCCUUCUGCAGAAAUGCCUUCAACCUCCUUGACCUGCUGGUUGUCAGUGUGUCCCUCACAUCCUUCUUCCUACAUUCAAGUGCGAUCUCUGUGGUGAAGAUUCUCCGAGUGCUGCGAGUACUCAGGCCUCUGCGAGCCAUUAACAGAGCCAAGGGAUUAAAGAAUGUUGUGCAGUGUGUGUUUGUGGCGAUCCGCACCAUCGGAAACAUCUUGAUUGUCACAACGCUGCUUCAGUUCAUGUUUGCUUGUAUCGGAGUGCAGCUUUUCAAGGGCAGAUUUUACAGCUGCACAGAUGAAGCCAAACAUACACCAGAGGAGUGCAAGGGAAGCUUUGUGGUUUAUAAAGAUGGAGAUGUGAACCACCCUAUGGUGAGGGAGAGGAUUUGGGAGAACAGUGAUUUCAACUUUGACAACGUGCUGAUGGGGAUGCUGGCUCUGUUUACUGUCUCCACAUUUGAAGGCUGGCCACAGCUCCUUUACCGGGCUGUGGAUGCCAAUGCCAUAAACCGAGGCCCCAUUUACAACUACAGAGUAGAAAUCUCCAUCUUUUUCAUCAUCUACAUCAUCAUCAUUGCUUUCUUCAUGAUGAACAUCUUUGUGGGUUUUGUCAUCAUCACAUUUCGAGAGCAAGGAGAAGCUGAGUUCAAAAACUGUGAACUCAACAAAAAUCAGCGCCAGUGUGUGUAUUAUGCACUGAAAGCCCAGCCUAUAAAGAUUUAUAUUCCCAAAAACCCAUCCCAGCUCAAAUUCUGGAAAAUUAUCAACUCCAGUCAGUUUGAGUACGUCAUGUUUGUGCUGAUUCUUGGGAACACUCUGACUCUGGCUGUUCAGCAUUAUGAACAGUCUAAACUCUUCACUUCUGUCAUGGACAUCCUCAACAUGAUCUUCACUGUGGUUUUCACAAUCGAGAUGAUAAUCAAGUUACUGGCUCUGCGGGCUCAUCACUAUUUCAUCGACCCAUGGAAUUCAUUUGAUGCUUUGAUUGUCGUGGGCAGCGUGUUGGAUAUCGCAGUGUCUGAGUUCAGUGGAGGAGGUGGACAUGGUGAGGGUGGUGGUAAAGGAGAAAGUGGAAAAGUGUCCAUCACUUUCUUCCGUUUGUUCCGAGUCUUGAGGUUGGUUAAACUGCUCAGUAAAGGAGAAGGCAUCCGAACUCUUCUCUGGACUUUUGUAAAAUCCCUUCAGGCCUUGCCUUAUGUUGGUCUGCUCAUCGCAAUGAUCUUUUUCAUCUAUGCUGUGAUCGGUAUGCAGACGUUUGGGAAGGUGGCCAUCGAUGACAACACACACAUCAACAGAAACUGCAACUUCCAGACUUUCUUUAUGGCUGUUCUGGUGCUUUUUAGAUGUGCCACCGGAGAGCAGUGGCAGGAGAUCAUGUUGGCAGCUCUGCCCGGUAGACGCUGUGACCCAGAAGCCGACACUGAGCCUGGUGAAGAGUACACCUGCGGUAGCAACUUGUCCUACAUCUACUUCAUCAGCUUCUUCAUGCUCUGCGCUUACCUGAUUAUCAACUUGUUCAUUGCCGUCAUCAUGGACAACUUUGAAUACCUGACACGAGACUGGACUGUGCUUGGUACUCACCACCUGGAUGAGUUUAAGAGAGUUUGGUCUGACUAUGACCCAGAGGCCACGGGUCGUAUAAAGCACAUUGAUGUUGUCACUAUGCUGCGCAGGAUUCAGCCACCGCUUGGUUUUGGGAAACUGUGCCCACAUCGAGUUGCUUGCAAGAGGCUGGUUGCUAUGAACGUACCAUUACACCCUGAUGGAACUGUCACCUUCAACGCCACUCUGUUUGCUCUUGUGCGAACUUCACUGAAGAUAAAAACUGAGGGUCCCAUCGACCAGCAGAAUGAAGAGCUGAAGCUGAUCAUUAAGAAGCUCUGGAAACGCACUAAGCCCAAGCUCAUUGAUGAAGUCAUUCCUCCCCCUAGAGGAGAUGAGGUGACUUGUGGGAAGUUUUAUGCCAGCUUCUUGAUUCAAGACUAUUUUAAAAAGUUCCGCAAGAGAAAAGAGAGGGAGAGGAAAUCCAAAAAGAAGGACAAGGCGGCUUCACUUCAGCAAGGGCUGCGAUCGCUGCAGGAUCUGGCACCAGAGAUGCGUCUGGCGAUGGCCUGUGACAUGGAAGAAGAAGAGGCAGCAGAUGGAGAAAUGACAGGUGAUGAGCUAUUCGACAGUGAGGCCGGAACCUCGGUGACCACCACACCUGCCACCACUCCGAUGCCGCCUAUCGAGGUGCUGGUAGAGCAGACAACACCGUUCAUCGAACCUGAGCCCAAGAUAAGCAAUGGUGGCGUGAUCACAGAACAGGUGACGGGCCUGCAGGACUACGAGAGACCAGGAUCAGAGCUGGCAGGCAUCAGCAUCAUAACAGAGCAGCCUGUGAGGUCCGAACCCCUGCCAAUCAGGAUGGACUCCCUCAGUGAGUUGCCUCCUCCUCCUCCUCCACCAGAAGCUUCAGGUGCAGCUGAGGUUGUACCCGAACAACCAGUUGCACCAGUGACCCAUGAAAUACCUGAGCAGUUUUACAGCAGUGAAGGAGAUGCUGCAAGUCUAGCAUCAGUAUCAGAUGACAGAUAUGUGUAUCCAGAUGCUGUUUCUCCUGUACCAACUGAGUCAGGCUACAAUGGGCAGAGUUUGGAGAUUACGAGCAGCAUAGGGGAGAUGCGAUAUGACACUCCCAGCGCCACUGGCUUUGUCAGCAAUGGUUACAGUGGCACCAGUGUGAAUGGAGAGAGCGUCGCUCAGAGUCCUAGUCCCUAUCCCACAAAUGGAUACGAUGUGAACGGAUACACAGCCUACAAUGGGAACGGCAGCAUGAUCAGCGCCAAUGGUAAUGGAAGUACAAUGAGCGGCUGCAAUGAAAACGGCAGCUCUGUUAGUGGUUACCCUGGGAAUGACUACAUUGAAAGUGACAACGGCGGUUCACAGUUUGUCAGGAGACGGCUGCUUCCUUCCAUACCAAAAGGUCGUAAGCCUACCUUUAACUUCCAGUGUCUGAGGCCCCAGAGCAGCGUGGAUAACCUCCCCAUUCCAGGAAACUACCAUGGCAACACAUCCCCAUCCAGAUCCCGCCUACAGCCCCAGCACAGUCUGGACUCCCGGCCCAGCAGUGUAUCCUCCAUGUCGUCGUCCUCCUGGGUCAACACGACAGCAGCUGGCUCUACUCCUGUUGCAGGAAUAAUUGCUCCCUCAGGGCGCAGGGGCAAACUCAUCUACACCCCCAUGAUCCUGGUGGACGAAGCCACCGGCACCAGCCAGCCGCUGUGGAGCGACGGCUCGGCCAGCCUCCCUGUGGGAAGCCGGCCCGGCUGGUAUCCCAGUCAGACCAGAACCUUCACCAGUGUGAGGAUGCCGCCUGUCAACCAGGGCUAUGUGGAGAGAGGCAGUGCAGACAGUCUGGUGGAGUCGAUCCUGAUCUCCGAGGGUCUCGGUAGCUACGCCAGGGACCCGAAAUUUGUGAACUUUGCCAAGCGGGAGAUUGCUGAGGCCUGUCACAUGAGUCUGGACGAAAUGGAGAGCGCUGCAGCAGACCUGAUAGCUCGGGGAGCCAGUCGGUCAAUUUCUCGCUUUGAGGAUGAACUGGCAGAUGAAAUGAACUGCGUGAUUUCUUACUGAUGUCAGCAAAAGUGAAAUAACUGUGUGGGAAAGUGAACUUUGAAGGGAAUAAUCUAAAUGCAGUGUGAGUUUUUGUCUGUGGUGGGUAAAAAGUGAAAUAUCCCUCAAAAUUAAAGCUUGGCUGUACAGUCUGUCUCAGAUUUUGAGGAGAGUUGUGAUGCAAAUAAAGCAUUAAUUUGUCUAUUUUCUUUGUUACCAUGUUGUACAAAAGCAGAAUGAUGUGUUGGGUAUGAUAUGCUUUGUAUAUGCCAAAAAGUACUUACACAAACACAAUGAAAAACACCCAUGUCAAUAUGUAGCAGGACUCAGCACAGUUUCCUUUGUAUGAUGCCAGAUUGUACAGGUCUAUUUUUGUGUUGUUUUCUGAGUUUCUACUUGAAAUACACUUUAUAUAUACAUAUAUAAUGAAGUUACAAUUAUGACAGAUGAGGUGUGAAAGUAUAUACAUCAGUAAAACACUUCAUCUGAUUUGUGUCCAACAGCAUCUUUUAGAACAAUAUUGACUUACCUUAAAUACUGAAAAUCCUCUGAGACAUAAUAUGCUAACUCUUAGGAAUAAUGUGUACAUGAUAAUGAUGGAUAUGUGUGUGUGUAUGUGUGUCAGCCUGGAGAGUAUCUACUAUGGACAAAUAAAACAUGUUUUCUCAGAUGC